UAGGCAAAACUUAGUUGACCAUCUUUACUUCUGCCCAAAUCGACUGGCUCCAUCCGACCCCCUCCCCUCCGGAUUUCUCGCGAUGGCGCCAGGCCAAAGAUUUGGAUCCGCUCAAAUCUUCCUAAAUUGCAGCCAAAUCCCCCGGCAUUUCUCCCAACCGGAUUUCUCGCGUAUCGAUUUGUUUCCUUUCCCGAGCACCCAAAUCCCCCGGCAUUGUUUCACGCCAUCGCCUCCCCUGGUCCUGCUCCUCCCUGUACUCCCACAGCCGCUUCUUGCUCUUGCUCGUGCUGGGGCGCACGCGUGCCCUUGUCCCCCGGCUGGCCACCGCGGAAGACCGAAGCAGGUCAAUUUUUCAGACGCAGAGGCGGGCGUGGUGGUCGUCGUCAUCGGAGUCGGUGGCGUCGUCGUCCAGGAAGUGUAUGCGGACAACGCGGCUGGGGUCGUGGCGGAGACAGAGACGGUGAGCAGCCGUUUCACAACGCCUCUGCCCAAAAUCCCCCAGCGGCCAAGGUUCGAGUCAUUUCCCCAGACGAAUCCGUUCAUAUGUUCAGAAGAUUGUUCCGGAAUCUUGACUUGUUGGCUUUACUUCUCAGAAUAUUUCUUGGGAGGUGCAUGUGUUUCAGUUGAACUCUGCCUCUUCAGCAAGUCGACUUUACAAGGCCAGAAUAUGAAGUGUGUAGGAGACAAGCUCUGCGCUUUUUAGGCAAAAGAUUUGGUUCGUGCUGAUGAAAACUUGUCCGUAUAGGCCCCAACAGCCUCGUCUGAAAUUGGCACUGCAGCUGCAUCCUCUGUUCAGUGGUUUCCAGCACCAUCUCUUCACAGAUUCAGACCUGCAGUUGCUCGAAUCGGCUGUCGAGUGGCAUAGAACUGGUUCGCAAAUCUGAAACCUCACCACUUAUUCGAGUGCAGUUAUUGUUUCGAUUUCUUGUCCGCUUGUGGUUGAUGCUUUCUUAUCUUUCAGAUUCAUUAUGAAUUGGGGAACAUUUGAUAUAUAGAACUGUUGAAACGUGAGGAUAUCCAAAAUAUCGGGGCAUAUUUGUAGUUUUUAAGUUGUUUUUCCUUCGCAUUUGGGUUGGCUGGAUAAAGCAUUGAAUUCACACGUUUACAAGCAAAUGCAUGACUUCACACUUAAUAAGUUUCGUUUUGAUUAUUUUUUACCAGAUGCCUUCUCCUCGGCAAUUGAAAGAGAGGGUCAGAUCUUUCUUGAGAUAGACCACCCAAGAGCCAUGACGCUCUGAUGUUGUUUUGAUUAUUUUUUACCAGAUGCGUUCUCCUCUGCAAUUCAAAGGGAGGGUCAAAUCUUUCUCUGUAUAGACCACCCAAGAGGUAUAGCGCUCCGUAGUGGCGUCUGUCCAAGGCCAUGGAUAGUCACAUAUAGAUCAUAAACCAGCGCCACACAAUUUUUCAUGUGGUACA